AUGAAAGCGCUGAUCACGCAGUCCAACAAGACUGUCGCCGUCGAAGAGGUGCCUGUCCCAACGAUCGCGGACAACGAGAUCCUCGCGAAGACGGUCGCAGUUGCACAGAACCCCACAGACUGGAAAUAUGUCGAGUCCAUCACAAACACUGGCACCAUCUCCGGAUGCGACUGGUCGGGCAAUGUUGUGCAGGUCGGAAAGAACGUCAAGGAUAUCUCCGUCGGCGACCAUGUCGCGGCCUUCGUGCACGGCGGGAAUUAUAAAGACCGAGGAGCCUUCGCCGAGUUCGUCAAAGCUGAGGCAGACCUUGUGUGGAAGGUGCCGAAGGGGACGCUAAGCCAUGAGGAGGCAGCUACAUUGGGAUGCGCGUUUUGGACUGCUGCGCAGGCAUUAUUCCACCCGAAGCGACUCGGCCUGACAGAGUCACCUAGCAAGGCCCUCAAAAACGAGUGGGUCUUCGUAUACGCCGGAAGCACCUCUGUCGGUAUGUAUGCGCUGCAGCUAGCUCAUGCUGCAGGCUAUCGGGUUAUUACCGUCGCCUCGCCCAAGAACCAUGACCUGUGCAAGUCUUUGGGGGCUGACGUUGUAUUUGACUACAAGGACCCCAGCGCAGUCGAUAAGAUUAAGGAAGCAACGGGGAACUCAAUCCAUGCUGCUCUUGACACUAUCUCUCUGGAGCAGAGCCAGAACUUCACUAUCAAGUCUUUCGGGCCUGGUCCUGGCAAGAUCAUCGUGCUCCUGCCUCCACAGGAAGCUGCGCAAAAGUUGCGUCAAGAUGUCAAGAUACAACACACUCUGCUUUAUACUGCCCUGGGGAAAGGGUUUGACUACGGCCCGACACGUUUUGAUGCGUCUCCUGAGGACCGCGAGCAGAUGGUGGAUUUCCUCCAAACGGUCCCCGGCCUUGUCAGCUCGGGCGCGGUCAAGCCAAAUCCUAUCAAGCUCUGGGAUGGGGGCCUUUCCGCUAUCAAGGAUGGACUGCAGUGGAUGAAGGAAGGCAACAAUAGCGGGGAGAAAAUAGUGUACAAAGUCUGA